AUGGCCGGCAUCCAAAUGGACAGUGCUCGCGCUGCUCCAAAGAUGAAGCUAGAGUCUCCACAGCUCGAUAAACUUGGCAAUGAGACACUGAAAGAGGUCUACUUGUCGGAAGCAACUGCCCUCAUGAACUAUGCAUCGGGAGCGGCUAAAAGCGAGCUCUUUUUCCUCACCGAGGCAUUCAUCAACUGCAUCCUACAAGGCACCCCAACAAACAUCGUAGCUCUUCAUGGAAAGGCGAGAAUCAUGUAUAUGCAGCGGAAAUAUCGAGAAGCCCUACAACUCUACCAACGCAUCCUCCGUCUCAGCCCGAAUGCACAGCCAGAUCCUCGAAUAGGGAUAGGUCUGUGUUUUUGGCAGCUAGAUGAUAGGUCAAAGGCGAAAAAGGCUUGGGAGCGGAGCCUCGAAUUACAUCCGAAUCAUUGGGUACCGCAGCUGUUACUCGGUCUAGAAUCGCUCAAUGCCAGCAAGGAUUCUCAACGUACAGAGGAACAGCGCCAUCACGCGUACACUGUCGGAAGCAAACACAUCGAACGUGCAUUUCACAUCAACCAAAAGAAUGGAGCUACUGCCAACUGUCUGUCUGAGUACUUUAUCAGGCGUGGCGAAGCACGCAAGGCCUUGAAGCUCGCAGAGCGCUCUAUUCAAUAUGCUGAUAGUAUAACGAUCCUUAGCGAGGGACAUUUGCGCGCUGGACGGGUUGCACACCUCGAAGGUCGAUACGAUGAUGCCAUCACUCACUAUACAAACGCUAAGAACCUCCCGCUCGCCUCUAUCGGCAUUGCACAGUGUCAUAUCAAGCGUGGCGAGACCGCGGCCGCAAUACAUGUACUCGACACACUGCUCAACGGUCCAGAGACACAGCAACCAAAGGAAGCCAUGAUCAUGUUGGCAUCGCUACGAGCAUUUGAGCGACCUGCUCUAUCUUCAGCCGAACUCGCACAGGACAAGGCAAAGGCGCGAGAGCUCCUAGAACGUGUCAAGAGACACACAUCUCAGGCGAAUGGAACAAAGUCCAACGGCAUAUCUGCUGUGAAUAACCGAAAACCUGCUUGGAUGAACGACCUCGAGAUGCACGUGGAGAUUGGCAGAUUGUGGGAAAGAGAGGACACUGCAAAGGCCCUCUUAGCCUAUCAAGACGCCAGGAGAAUCAGCGAGCAGAGUGUAGCCGGUGCCGAUCCCCGUAUCAUAAACAACAUUGCCGUGCUCGGUCAUCUAAGCGGCAAGAUUGCUGAAGCUCGGGCUCUAUAUGAAGAAGCCCUUGGAAUUCUUGCCAACAAAUGGGCGAACCACGAGAAUAUGGAUGGAAUGUCGACGACGAUCCUCUACAAUUUGGCUCGCGUGUAUGAAGAUCAAGACGAGACGGCACUUGCAAAGGAUGCAUACGACAAGCUUCUAGGAAGACACCCGGAAUACGUGGAUGCCAAGGUUCGCCUUGCGCACAUGCUUCUAGCAAGCAACAAGCCAAACGAGGCACAUACCAUUCUCAAGCAAGCAAUCGAGACGCAACAGACCAAUAUGAAUCUUCGGGCGUACUAUACGCACUUCCUUACCCAAAGCAACCUGCUACAAGCUGCACUCAAGAUCGUUCACGCGACGCUCAAUAUCAAUAAAAACGACUUAUAUGGUACCGUAGCAUCGGGUUGGCUGCAUUAUCAGCUGGGGCGUGAAGCGCGUCCCAAUAAUGAGGAGACAAUGCGCGAUCGCCGACAUAAACUCUUAUACGCGGCAGAGUUCUAUGAGCGUGCUCUUAACCUUGACCCCAGUUGCUCGGUCGCUGCCCAGGGCCUAGCAAUACUAAUCGCAGAGGACGCUAUUGGUAUGAUGGCGUUGAAGCCCGGUGCCGGACUCGAGGACCACGAGACGCGGUUGGCGAAUACGAGCGACGCUUUGGAAUAUUUUGCCAGAAUUCGAGAGGUGAUGGCGGACGGAAGCGUUUAUACGAACAUGGGACAUUGCUAUUACAUGCGCGACGAGUAUGAACGCGCGAUUGAAAGUUACGAAACGGGGCUGCAAAAGUUUUACAAUGGUCAAAACACAUCUGUGAUGAUGUGCCUCUCGCGAGCGUGGUAUGCAAAAGCCACUCGAGAUCAAUCAUUCGUGGCAAUGAAAACAGCUCUGCAUCUCGCGCAGACGGCGCAAAUGUUGUCUCCAGGUGACAAGUCCAUCAAGUACAAUAUUGCUGUUAUCGAGCAACGAGCUGCAGAAAUGGUUUUCUCUUUGCCCGUCUCAAAGCGAACGCUCGAGGAGCUGCAAGAGGCACUCGAUCUCGCUACGAAUGCCCAACGUUUCUUGUUCGAAUUAUCCGAGGACACCAGCAAGGGUGGUCUGCCAUAUGACAAGGACAUGGCUUCUCAGCGACAUCGUUACCUCGGAUCUCUCUUACGAAAGGGCACUGAACAGAUAUCUCAGCAGCAGGAGUAUGAAAAAGAGCAUCACGCCAAGCUCGAGGCGGCUCGUGCGUUUAGAAUGGCGGAAAAGGCUGCCGCAGAGGCGAAAGAGAAAGCGAGGCUGGAAGAACUGCAACGGGAGGCCGCUGCAUUGGCAGAAGAACGACGGAAAGCCAGAGAGGAAGCCGCGUUAUGGGCCGCUCAACACAAGGACGAUUCAUCCGACGAGGAUAAGCCUAAACGGAAGAAGAAGGGUAAGGCAGCUGGUGAUGAUCUAUUCGACGACGACGAUGAAGCUGCGACCGAACCUCGAAAGGAACCAAAGGAGAAGAAGGAACGCAAACCACGGAUUACAGCGCGCAAGCGGAAAGGCAAAGAUGCCCAGACGGGUGACGAAGGCCUUAGUAGUGGAGAAGAUGCGGAAAAGACUGAGAGGCCGAGGAAGCGAUUGACAAAGAAGCGUGUUGUGAACGAUGAUGAAGAGGAAGAGGUCGAUCAACGAGCGCGGAAGAAGUUCAAAACAUCGGAUCUUAUUGAGGAUUCUGACGAGGAGUUGGAGCGAAUUGAUCGCAUCGAGGCGGAGAGGUUACGGCUAAGCAAAGCGGUGAUCAGCGACGACGCAGGAGAAGACGCCAACAUGUCAUAA